GGGGUUUCCCUCACAAUUUGGGGGUUUCACAUUUUGGGGUUUCCCUCACAAUUUGGGAAUUUCCCGCUUCCUGCAGACUUUGAGGAGCUUUUUCUCCCCCUUCUCAUCUCCCCGCACCCUUUUGGGGCCCUGUCUCCCUUUUUGGGGUCCCCCCGCACAUUUCGGGGUCCCCUCUCCCUUUUGGGGUCCCCCCUCCCUUUUGGGCUUUCCCACUAGGCCGCGCGAGUCCUCCAAGCCGCCAGGGGGCGCUCUGGGCGCUCCCUCCCCUCGCGUCUCGUUGGUUCCGGUGCCGCCUCUCGCUGGUUCCGGCGGCGGGAGCGGCCCCGGGAGCGGCACCGGGAGCAGCGGCCCCGGGAGCGGCCCGGCCCCGCCAUGUGGUUCAUGUACGUGCUCAGCUGGCUGUCCCUGCUCGUGCAGGUGGCCUUUGUCACCUUGGCCAUCGCGGCCGGGCUCUAUUACCUGGCAGAGCUGAUCGAGGAGUACACGGUGGCCACCAGGAGGAUCAUCAAGGGCAUGAUCUGGCAAUUGGGGGUGUACGUGGGGCUGCUGCAGAGCUUCCCCUGCAUCGCCCUCGGCUCCUCCAACUUCCUGCUCUCCUGCGGUUCUGUGAGUGGCAGGAAUUUGGGGUUCCUGGUGUACGUGGGGCUGCUGCAGAGCUUCCCCUGCAUCGCCCUCGGCUCCUCCAACUUCCUGCUCUCCUGCGUUCUGGUCGUGCUCAAUCACUACCUGGCAUUCCAAUAUUUUGCUGAGGAAUUUUAUCUUUUUUCCGAGGUCCUGGCCUAUUUCACCUUCUGCCUGUGGCUGAUCCCGUUCGCCUUCUUUGUGUCGCUGUCGGCCGGGGAGAACGUCCUGCCCUGCACCGUGCAGCCCGCAGACGACGUCGUUUCCAAUUAUUUCACCAAGGGGAAAAGAGGGAAACGCUCCGGGAUUCUCCUGAUUUUCUCCUUCAUCAAGGAAGCCAUCCUGCCCAGCAGGCAGAAAAUUUACUGAAAUUCGGGAAAAUUCCGGAAUUUUUGGGAAUAUCCAGAAGAUUCCCCCAAUGGAAUAUCCCAAAUUUUGCCGUUUUUUUAGGAAUUUUUUGGGAAUUCAGAGACUUGGACACUCCUGGAGGUGCCGAUCACGCUUGGGGGGUUUUUUUUCCUGUUGAUUUCUUGGGAAUUUUUGGGAAUUUUUGGGAAUUUUUGGGAAUUUUUCGGUUCCAUGAGGAAGCUGCUCCUGGAUUUUCCUGAAGGUUCCACAGAGCCGGGAAGGAAAAGAAAAAAUUUGGGAAAAAUCGGGAUAAAUCCAGAGAAUUCCACAUUUUUCCAGAAGGAAUGAUCUCAAUUUUUGGGUUGGAAUUUUGAGAUUUCCAAACUGAAAUUUUGGGAAUUUUUGGGUUGGAAUUUUUCCAUGGGAAUUCUUGGAAUUUUGGGUUGGAAUUUUGGGAUUUCCAAGCUGGAAUUUUGGGAAUUUUUGGGUUGGAAUUUUCCAUGGGAAUUCUUGGAAUUUUGGGUUGGAAUUUUUGGGAUUUCCAAACUGAAAUUUUGGGAAUUUUUGGGUUGGAAUUUUCCAUGGGAAUUCUUGGAAUUUUGGGUUGGAAUUUUUGGGAUUUCCAAGCUGGAAUUUUGGGAAUUUUUGGGUUGGAAUUUUCCAUGGGAAUUCUUAGAAUUUUGGGUUGGAAUUUUUGGGAUUUCCAAGCUGAAAUUUUGGGAAUUUUUGGGUUGGAAUUUUCCAUGGGAAUUCUUGGAAUUUUGGGGGUUUUUGGGUUGGAAUUUUUGGGAUUUCCAAGCUGGAAUUUUAGGGAAUUCUGGGUUGGAAUUUUUUGGGAAUUCUGGGUUGGAAUUUUUGGGAAUUCUGCAGGUCCUGGCUGGAAAUUUUCCAUAGGAAUUUUUUGGAAGAAUUUUGGGAUUUGGGUGGUUUAAAUCCUGAAAAUUCCCAUUUUUUCCACUCCAGCAAAGCCUUGGGAAGGGAUUUUCCAUGGGAAAUCUCAAUUUUCCAUGGAAUUCCCAGAAUUCCGGAUUUUUCUGCAGACCAGGGGGAAUGUUGAGAAUUCCCAGAUUUUCCUUCCAUCCUUUUCUCCAAAGGGUGAAAAAUCCACCAAGGGAGAUGCAAAUUUCUUCUUUCCCAUCAUAAAAAAUUCCCACUUUUUUCUGGAAUUUUCCAUUCCCACCCCAGCCAGGCUUGGGAAUUCCCGAUCCAGAAGAUUUUUUCAGGAAUUCCCCAAAAAAAUUCCUUUGGGAAAAGCUGGAAUUUUGCUCUGAAACCUCUUGGAUUGGGAUUUUUUGUUGAUUUUUUCUUUUUUUUUUUCCCCUCUGGAUUGGCUGGAAAAUCCGGAAUUCCUGAUUCCUUUAAAUCCCGAUUUUCCUGGGAUUUUUUUUUUUUUCCAUAUUUUUCCAGGAGCUGAAUCAGAUUUUUGUGAAAAUCGUGGAAAUCCGUCAAUAUUUCACCAGGAAAAGGAAAUUUGGGAUGAAAACCCUUUGGAAAUUUGGGAAAAAUUUCCCAUAAACGCUGAGAAUGAGAGAAAUUGAGAAUAAAAUGGAAAAAUCCUG